AUGACGAAGCUUGCUCACAUCAUCAAAACAGCCAGAAGGAAGAGAUUUGCGCAAGCAUUCCCCUUGGCACCUGCGUCGUUGGUGGGUGUCGAUGGCGAGGGUAACCCCAAAUUUGGGGGAAUUAUUCAUGAACUCAUCACUGAAUUUGAUGAGAAACUGUUGCGAGUUCCUCUUGCUCGAGAUGUUGACUGGCGUGAUGACAUCGUGCAGAGUUGUAGCACUGCAUACUCCAAACGAUCUGCCCUCGUUCAGCGAACAGGACGUAUCGCUCCCGCUGGACAAGCUUGCACUUGUUGCGCAAACCGCGAGGGGCCGUUCAAAGAGUGUGUUGUCCUUAUCUUUGAAGGAGAUCUGAUUUACAACGGUGCAUGUGCAAAUUGCUGCUUUCAAACAAGACCAUACAGCUGUUCAUUCCGGACGGCUCUCCCUACCUGGGUACUCGACUGGCUGAAGCAGCAGAACCCAUCGCACCGUAUGAUGAUUGAAGCCAAAUCCAAUGAGAAGGGAGUCAGACUUCAGCAGAAUUUCUUUCCGAGCCCUGCCCCUAAGAAGACCCAAGCAAUCCAAACAACACCUGCAUCCCCUAAAGUUCUCGAAACGAAGAAGGAACUUGAACCCAUUGAGCUAAAGGCUAAAAAAGAGACCGAGAAAUUCGGCCCGGACUACAACAGUACUUGGUAUCAGUCUCCUCUGGAGGACCAAACCCUUUUCGGCUCUGAUGAAGAGGGUUUCGCGAGGGCACGCCUCGCUUAUCAUUCACACCACACGCUGAUUACCCGCGCCUACUUCGAUCACGCUUGGCUGAAAAGGUACCUUGAAACGCAUGGUAGAAUGGACGCUCCUCCCUCUGAGACGGAAGACUCGAUGUCUUCACCUUUCUCAGCCCUUUCUUUGGCCGACCAGUGA